AUGAAGGUCCCCGCAGCCGCCCUGGUCGCUCUCCUCCUGGUGGCCACCUGCUCCCCGUCCCGGGCCCAUCUCGACGGCGUCCCAACCGCCUGCUGCUUCAGCUACCAGCAGCGCCCCGUCCCGCGGGCCCUCAUGGCCUCCGCCUGGCCGAGCACCCAACACGGGUUUUCUCCUGGCAGCCUGGUCACCAAGAAGAAGAAGAAGGAGCUGUGCGCGGACCCCCGGGCGCCCUGGGUGCAGGCGCACCUGAAGCACUUCCAGACCCUCAAGAACUGA